AAUCGAAUUUUCUAGGGUUUCCAUGCAAUUGUGAUUCUAUCCAAAACCUUCUCUCUCUUUGUUGUAUCACUCUGUGAAAGAUCCAUUACAGUUACAGGGAUAAUGCUGUCACAGAAGCUGUACGAAACAUUCAAAGGGACGAUGGAGAGGAUCUCUAGUCCCCGCACUGUAUCUGCUUUCAAAGAAAAAGGCGUUCUUAGUAUUAACGAGUUCAUCAUCGCCGGCGACAAUCUCGUCUCUAAAUGUCCUACCUGGUCCUGGGAAUCAGGUGAGCCAAGCAAACGGAAGUCAUAUUUGCCUGCUGAGAAGCAAUUCUUGAUCACCAGGAACGUUCCCUGCCUGCGAAGAGCUGCAUCAGUAGAAGAAGAAUAUGAAGCUGCUGGAGGUGAAGUCCUACUUGAUAAUGAUGAUGAUGAUGGCUGGCUGGCUACUCAUGGGAAACCGAAAGAAAGCAAAAGCGACGAGGUGGAAAAUUUACCUUCCAUGGAGACACUAGAAAUCAGCACAAAAAGUACUAUUCAGCCAAUCUCUUCAUACUUUGGGGGUGAGGAGGAGGAAGACAUACCAGAUAUGGCAGAGUAUGAAGAACCAGACAACCUUAUUGAAACCGACCCUGCAACACUUCAGUUUACGUAUCAUGUGGCUCAUGAACCUGAUGAUGACAAUAUUUUACGAACACGAACAUACGAUGUCAGCAUCACGUAUGACCAAUAUUACCAAACUCCUCGUGUGUGGCUUACUGGAUAUGAUGAGUCAAGGAUGCUUCUGCAACCAGAGCUUGUACUCGAAGAUGUUAGUCAAGACCAUGCACGCAAAACUGUAACUAUCGAGAACCAUCCGCACUUGCCUGGGAAACAUGCAUCUAUACAUCCAUGCCGGCAUGGGGCCGUGAUGAAGAAGAUAAUUGAUGUUUUGAUGUCACGGGGAGUUGAGCCAGAAGUUGACAAGUAAUUUUUUUCUAAUUACUUGCACAAUUGAGAUCUGAAUUCUGAUUUAUACCUGCUUUUGAUUUUUUAGGAAGUAAGUUGUCAGGUAGGGUCACUUGCUUGUGGACUUGAACUUGAAACCAUGGUGUGAGUUGGAUUCUGACCCAUCAAGUGAAACAGAUUUGAACUAGUGGACCACGAAUCAGUCUAACUAAAACACCUCAGAAAGUGCAAGUUGAGUCAGUAACCACCGGGCUUACAGUAGCCCUUUGUGCUUUAUUUUAAUUUUAUUUUCCUCUUUUGGUCCAACCAUAAUAGCAAUGAAUCCAGUAAAUCAUAUGAAUGGGUCAUUUUAUAAAAUUAAAUGAUUAACCUGAUCUUUAAUGGAAGAUAAAGAGAUCAGGUGGUAAUGGUCAGGUGGAGGGCUAUAGCUGAAAACAUGGGGUGGUUGAUUUCAUGUCUUUUCCAUUGCAACUUGUUAUAAAUCUGAUGUCUGUUCAAUUUAGUUAGUCACUCAAAUGCUUUUUCUGCUGCCAUAUUUGUAACCUCUUUCUUUCCU